GCGUCUACAGCAAACUUCUCCUCGCAGACCGUGUGUGUGUACCGGACCAAACCACAGACAGACAUGGCAGAAGUCGCACCAGCACCCGCAGCAGCCGCGCCGGCCAAGGCACCCAAGAAGAAGGCAGCAGCCAAGCCCAAAAAAGCGGGACCCAGCGUAGGAGAGCUCAUCGUCAAGGCUGUGACCGCUUCCAAGGAGAGGAGCGGCGUGUCCCUGGCCGCGCUCAAGAAGACGCUGGCGGCAGGCGGCUACGACGUGGAGAAGAACAACUCCCGCGUCAAGAUCGCAGUCAAAAGCCUCGUCACCAAGGGCACCCUGGUCCAGACCAAGGGCACCGGUGCAUCCGGCUCCUUCAAGCUCAACAAGAAAGCUGUCGAGGCGAAGAGGCCCGCCAAGAAAGCCGCAGUCCCCAAAGUAAAGAAGGUGGCCGCCAAGAAGCCCGCCGCGGCGAAGAAGCCCAAGAAGGUAUUAGCCAAGAAGGCCGUCGCCGCAAAGAAGUCCCCCAAGAAGGCCAAGAAGCCCGCUACACCCAAAAAGGCCGCCAAGAGCCCCAAGAAGGUGAAGAAGCCCGCCGCAGUGGCCAAGAAGGCGGCAAAGAGCCCCAAGAAGGCUACAAAGGCAGCCAAGCCCAAAGCCGCCAAGCCCAAGGCAGCCAAGGCCAAGAAGGCAGCCCCCAAGAAGAAGUAAACCUAUUACAAACAGUGUUCUACUCGACACAUGUUGUACCACAAAAGGCUCUUUUAAGAGCCACCCACCUCUUUCCAUAGAAAGCGCAUUGAUUUCCAUGUACUACCUGUCGUGAAAAAGAAAUUACGCACACAACAUUGUCUCACUCUGGGUGUGUGCGAAGGGAGAGGCAUAUACUAGAGGGCCAAAAUGGCUUAGAAAUUUGACCUCACGAGUGCACCCUCACCAGCCAUUUGUAUAUGAGUCACUGGGCUAUUCCCGUUCAGAGGCAGGCUGCUGUGAUGUGUUACAAGUGCCAUGUAAUAACAAUAACAAUACUAUAGUGGCUUCGAUUUCAAACUCACGAGUGCACCCUCAACAGCCAUAUUUAUAUAUGAGCCACUGGGCUAUUCCCGUUCAGAGGCAGGCUGCUGUGAUAUUUUACAAGUGCCAUGUAAUAACAAUACUAUAGUGGCUUCGAUUUCAAACUCACGAGUGCACCCUCAACAGCCAUAUUUAUAUAUGAGCCACUGGGCUAUUCCGUUCAGAGGCAGGCUGCUGUGAUAUGUUAC